AUGGGGCUUCUGCCCGGUGUUAGCCAGGACCAAUUAGGGGACAUUAUGGUCGAAGAUGUGAUGCAAGACAUUGUGGCAGAAAAUGUUGUGGGUGAAGUAGAACUGGCAGAAGAGUCAAUAAAUAUUUCUCCUCCAAUAAAUCAAGACCGAUUACUUUUGUCGCCUUCACCUAGCCUGACAGGGCAAGUGCCAUCACCUCCCCUGCUUACUGAGAGACAUUCAAUCAGAGGUCGCGGAAGGUCCCAAAUGCCGGCUCCAGUACCCCCCGCCGAAAAUGGCGGCGCGCCGCGCAGUGAGCUCGAGCAGCUACAAAUGCGCGCCGGACAAGUUACCGAUGAUUCACUGGAGUCCACUCGGCGAAUGAUGCAGCUAUGUGAGGAGAGUCACGAGGUGGGCAUGAAAACCCUGGUCAUGCUGGAUGAACAGGGCGAACAAUUGGACAGAGUCGAAGAGGGUAUGGAUCAAAUCAACGCGGAUAUGCGUGAAGCCGAGAAGAAUCUGUCAGGAAUGGAGAAAUGCUGCGGCAUCUGUGUCCUGCCCUGCAAUAAGGGAGCAUCGUUCAAAGAAGAUGACGGCACGUGGAAAGGCAAUGAUGAUGGAAAAGUGGUGAACAACCAACCGCAACGAGUGAUGGAUGAGCGCAAUGGCAUAGGACCACAAGCCGGUUACAUAGGAAGGAUAACGAACGAUGCACGCGAGGAUGAGAUGGAAGAUAACAUGGGCCAAGUCAACACCAUGAUUGGCAAUUUGCGCAACAUGGCUCUUGACAUGGGCUCCGAACUCGAGAACCAGAACCGCCAGAUAGAACGCAUCAACCGCAAGGGUGAGAGCAACGAGACACGUAUAGCAGUUGCUAACCAGCGAGCCAACAAACUUCUCAAGUCUUAAACAUCGAAAAAAGUUAAUUAUUAUCUAUGAAAUGACGCUACCACACACACACUCACACACGGAACACCUUAAAAUACGUCAUAUAUUGUCGUUUAUUUAAUUAUUCUUAGUACAAACAAUUUCGUAUUAUAUUCCAGUUCCCAUAUAGAAUAACCUAAAAAACGUUUUGAGUAAUGCUUAUAUUAAAAUACCUCUUGAAUAAAAUUGACAGCAUAGCAAAUAGUUGGUAUUCAGUGUUUUCAAGCAUUACUCCUAUCUUAGAACUUAUUUUGGGUGUUAGAAAUCUUUUUAAUAACAUAGAUUUGCCGAUGCCGAUUUAUUAAUACUGAUAUGCUGAUCUAUCUACAAAUAGACGAUGCUAUCGUAUUGCGCAUUAGAAAUAAAGUUAUUUGAUUAUCACUAUGAUGUUAAAGUUAUAUGACGCAUGGCAAUAAGUAAAAUUAUAUCGACUUUUCAGAAAUUUCAUUUAUUAAAUAAAAUAUUAAAAAAUGUAGUAAACUUAGUGUAAAGUCAGGUGAGCGUCAUUUUAACUGCAAUAAUAAAUGACUGUAUUUAACGUUGAUUAUGGUAGGUACAGUUAUGUUCCCAUGUUUUAAACUGUUAUAAAUGUUAUUAUGAGAUGUUUCAAAUACUUACACCGAUAACAUAUCAUCAAAAAUUAAUGGUGCAGCAUUACAAUCAAAUAUUGUGUCAUGAUAGGCAUUUAACAAAUAAGUUUCGUUUUGUUUGAACUGUACUUACGUUACGUUAGUUCUGCCUUGUUCUAGACAUCUAUAAAGCUAAAGAAUUAAUUUUGACUGCUGUACUAUAUAAUAUAUGUUUUCUAAAAACAAAUUGAAUAGUUAUUAAGUUGCCUAUUAUUUUAACCUGUU